UAGAAGUAUUAUAGGCAAUUGAAAGGUCAAAGCCGUUCAAAAGCCAAAGCUAUCAUUGAAGAUCACAUAAAGGUCACAAUCAAAAGGACCAUGAAUGAAUUGAAGAGGAGGAUCGAGAGGAAGUCAAGGGAGGAAGGGGUUUCGAAGUUGGCUUUGAAACCGGAAUAUUGGAAUAUCAUUUUUUGGAAAGAUCUUCUCAAGUAUUGGGACACGGAUGAAGGCCAUUUGCAUAGGUCGGAAGUUGGAGCUGCUAAUCGGCAACGCGUGGAAAGGUUGCAUAGCGCGGGUGCUCGCUCUUUCAACCGUGUGCGCGAGAACAUGAAAAAGAAAUUGUCUAAAAGUCCGACGAAGCUUGAGGUGUGGGAUGAAUGCCACACUAGGAUCGGCUCCACUCCCGAGAGCCGAAUAUAUACUACCCCCGCCGCUAUGCGCAUUGCGGAACGAUAUGCCUCCAUUCUUGAUCGUAUGCCGGUGGAGGUUACUCAAGCGGGGGAGCGGGAUGAGCCUUGGGAUUGGUGGAUGGAAGCAAUGGAGGUUCCCCAAGGCGAGAGGCCAAAAAAGAAUUACGUUGUGGGGUUCCCUAAAGCUCGAGCUAGUGAUUUGAUCCCAACACUAGCCACUCGCUAUAGGGAUUCCACCCGUGGCGGCGCCGGCUCAUCCUCAUCCGCUCCAACACAAAAUCCGGUGGUUCCCGAUUCCAUAUUCCUCCCGAUUGUCCGCAAUGUGCUCAAUGAAACCCGUGCCAAUCCUCUCCAAUUUGCUCGUCGCCUAUCGGAUGAGGAGAUAACAACAUUUGCACGCACAGCCCUCGAGGCAUCCGAUCCAGCCGCUGACCCGGCUCGGAGGGCUGAAUGGAAUAGCCUUCUCGGCGGCGAGAUUGUGCACAUUGUAGGGACAUUGCUCGAGGAUGUCCUCCAAAAAAUGGAUGCUCGUGCUCAAAUGGCAACUGCGCAAGAGGGAGAGAAAGAUUACACGGAUGUGGACGAGGAGACGGAUGAAAACACGGAUGAUGAGGGUGAAGGCGAAGCCGGUGGCGAAGACGGCGGGGAAGGCGGUGGUGAAGGCGGUGGCGAAGAUGGUGGCGACGGCGGUGGUGAAUCAUCCGAUGUUUCAUUGACCGAUUAGUGUAAUUUAUAUUUUAAUUUUAACGGAUGGUAUAUAUUAAGACAGUGGUUGGAUUUGGAUUGUGAAUGUUUGGGUUUUGAAUUGUUUGAAUGUUUGGAUUUGAAUUUGUAAUUAGUAUGUUUGGAUCUUGAAUUGUUUGGAUUUGGAUUUGUAAUUAGAAUGUUUGGAUUUGGUUUAAUUAGAAUUGUUUCGUUUAAUUUUGUUGUUGGUAUUUUGUAAUGUUUGGUUGUUUAGGAUGCUUGGUUUGAUUGUUUGGUUGGUAUGAUUUUGGUAUAGGGAAUUGAUUGGAAAC